ACAACCUUUGCUUCGUGUCAUUAACCUCAGAUCUAUCAUCGAUGUUUGGAGGGUGUCUGAGGUUAAAGUGUUGACAGUAUAGAAGGUUGUAGACAGAAGAAUUUAAUACAUAAGCCAAAACUACCCUGAGCAUUGAUGUCUAGUGUAUUCGAUAUUAAUGCUACAAGUGACAGACUUGUACCUGCCAGUACAAUGGAAACAAAAUUUGUUUUCACAUAUCCUUCCUGGACGAUUAAGUUCGAUUACAAGCUUGAAGUGCCAAUUUAUGUCCCAUUUUCGGGAACUGCUGAAGAACUCGGCGAACGAUUAAUGGCAUUCUUCAACUUGCCAAGUAAUGCUGAGGAAGAUCUGACUGCAGCCCUCAAAAUGUUUCUGGAAGAGAAAACACAGAUGUUUUUUGAUAAAAUGGGAGAUAAAGUUGUUACAGUGGCGAAAGAAGGUGACACAGAUGUUGAAGAUGUAAUUAAGACAUGGGAGAAAUCUUUCAAAACAGAGACUGUGGAAUAUUCAGAGCCUGAAGGAGCAACAGAUGAAGAACUGUUUUCUGCUGUCUAUCACAAAUUAGUUCAUUCUCCAGCAUUGGAGCCGAUUUUGCAAGUAGAACAUUCCUAUGCACUUGCUGUUCAUGAACUUACUCUUCAGAGGGAAGAACAAGUUGAAGGUCUAACAACAAUGCAAACAGAAGAAAUGGCUCAGGCUAUAGAAGGAGUUCCUUUUCCAAAUACAGAACAUCAAAUAAAUGAAAUGGCAGCUUCACAUUUUGAAGAGCAGAACCUGUUGCAAGGCAAAUGGAAUAGUGAAAUCGACACGCUUAAGGAAGAUCAAAGGAAAGAAUAUCGGGACUGGCUUAUGAAGAUGUUGGAGGACAAUCAAACAAAUGUGAAUGCUCCAAGCAUUGUAAAUACUCCACGCACAUUCAACAAAGGUGCUCAUGAAGAUAAGCUGCCUAUGCCAAGACUAGAGGAAAGUUUCACCAUACACUUAGGCUCGCAGAUGAAACAGAUGCACAAUAUAAGAAUUUUAUCCGCUGAUGUGCUGGAUUUUUGUCGGGUGAAGCUUCAGAGUUCAGGAAAUCUUGAUCCUCAGCCACAGCGCUUGCAGACUGCUCUAGCCCUUUAUUCCAGUGACUUAUGUGGAUUAGUUGUACUGACAGAUAGCCAUAUUGGAGCAUUCACAGGAUUAACUAAAGAGCUCACUGGGGUCUGCCAGCAGUCAACAGAUUUCCAUUUUCCAUCAGUGGAAGAGCAGCUAGAGAAAAUAAAGGAAGAAGUUAAAGAAGUUGUAUCUUGGCGUAAUGCACAUUGGAGUCAUGAUCACUUAGGGACACUAACAUCUACAGAACAGAUGUCUCGAAGGUUGGGGACAAAGAAUCUACAAACUGGUGAUGUGUACUUGACAAGACAUUCAAAUUUAGCUGAAGUCCAUGUUGUUUUCCAUAUGGUGGUAGAUGAUUCCUUGAGAUCAAGUGACAUUAAUUCAAGACACCCUGUGAUUCUGGGGCUCCGGAAUAUAUUGAAAACAGCAUGUUCUAAUGACAUAACUACACUUACUAUUCCAGUUCUUCUCAUGCAUGAGAUGACAGAGGAAAUGACAGUUGCAUGGUGUACAAAAAGAGCAGAGCUAGUUUUCAAAUGUGUGAAGGGGUUUAUGAUAGAAAUGGCAUCCUGGGGAGGCUCGGAACUGAAAAAUUUACAGUUUCUAGUACCAAAGGGUAUUUCAGAAGAAGUAUUUGGAACUCUGGCAACUAUGUUACCAAGCAUAUUUAGGGUUUCGAAUCCUCUGGUCUUCAAAGUAUCUUCAACACCCCACACACCGAAGAGCUCAUGACAAGUAGCAAAUGGAGAGAACUACACCAAUGACAGAAUAUUUAUACAAAGCAAAACUUGUUUCAGGUGGUGCCAUAAAGUCACUGCUUCACUGUCUGUGCACAUAGCAUUACUGUUCAUUUUGAAUGUGGUGGUAUGUGGAGAAAUGUUGAUAAUGUGGAAAUCAUGUAUUUACUAAAUUCAAAGGAAAAAUAUUUAUGUAAUGGUAUUUCAGAUUUUGUGCCUUGUACAUGUACAUACAGCAUCAUUGAAAGAUACUAAAGGUGAACACCAAAUAUUUGAAUAGUGAUCGUUAAGUAUGUUGUACUCUUAAAAGUGGAUAUUACACCUAAUUAAAAACAAAAAAUAAUAGGAAUCAGAUCUGUUUUACACCUAAAAAGCAUUACUUAGAGAUUCUUUUGUAUUAAUCUCUCUCUCUCUCUCUCUCUCUCUCUCUCUCUCUCUCUCUCUCUCUCUCUCUCUCUCCCUCUCUCUCCCCCCCCCCCCUCUGAUAGUAUUCACUAUCUUCUCUUAAUGAUUUUCGAGUAACAGUCAUACACUUCAUAGCUAUAGGUAUAUGUGCACCAUUUUCAGGUUGUUCCUGUUUUUAAUAAUCACAGUUUUAAGAGUUCAUUGUUUUCAUGUGUAAUUAAUCAUCUGAAAUGAAAUGUUACAGCAUUUAAUUAUGUUACUAAUAUAAGUAAAUAAUUGGAAAUUUAUAUAUGUUUGUUUUUCUGUAGUGGUUGACGAGGAAUUUUGUAUCUUACAGUAGCAAUUAGCAGCUAUUUGCUUACUGGAGGCUUUACAGCAGCUUUUCAAAAACUGAAGUUAAAGAUUCCAUAUAUGAAAAUAAAAAUUGCUUAGUUUGCAAGAGGAAGAAGUUCCUGCAAUAUUAUCUCAAAUAAUAUGUCACUGUUGUGAAAUUUCCUAAUAGUUUAAAGCUAUAUGCUAGACUGGGACUCACUCAUGAGACUUGGCUUUAGUGAGCAUUGCUUUUCCGUAAGGAAGCUUUAAACAAUGUAUGCUCCACUGUAGCUUGGAAAAACUCUUUUUGAAUUGACCACUUGGCUAUGACUAUCAUUCUCCACUUCAGCCUGUACUCCAGAUGGGGUCAUUCAGAAAGGUAUGCCAGACACCUACUUUGAGAAUUUAGGAAGUAGGAAAGGAGUACUGGCAGAUGAGAGCUCUGAGCUCAGCCAUGAGUCAUAACUGUCACAAAAAACAUUGCAUGAGAAUAAGACAGAAGCCUGAGACCUGGUCCAUUAUUACACAUGUUUCUCAUGUGUAUGUUACAGUGGUAGGACUAUUGUCCCUAAGACCAUUAGCGGUGACCAGGAUCCAAUGAAUAGUACAGUUUCUGACAGGCGAAGAAAAUGCUAUCACAUGUCCACAGGAAUGUUUUGUUCAGGAUGUGAUAAGUAGCAAUAUGUCCUCAUAUAGAUAUUUAUAUUCAAUCAUGUGUUUUUCAUUCCUUUAUGAAAAGAGCAAUUUAUGUAUUCUUUUGUAAUUUGUUAGCUUCAUUGUUGAGGAAGCAGUUAUUCUUUACAUAAUUUAUGGCAAUUGCUUUUAUUUUAUAUUGUGAUAUAUAUAUAUUUUUAUUAUUCAUGUAUUUUAUAACAUAGGAAUUACAUUCCAGGCUGAUUCUACUUAAUAAAAAGUACAAACCAGCUGUGUUAG